AGGCGGCGUUGUUGGCGGCCGCGGCGGCGCAGCACCCUGAGCGAGGCAGCAUUAAGGAGGGAGAGCCGAGGCCGCUGGAGCCGCAGCCCGAGCCCGAGGUGGAUAAAAUCCUUCAGAUGGCAGAUAACAGUAAUUCAGAAGAUGUUCCUUCAGAUUCCUUUGAAACUGCUAAAACUGACAAAGAAAAACUCACAGACCAGGUGAUGCAGAAUCCACAAGUGCUGGCAGCUCUUCAGGAGCGACUUGAGAAUGUGUCCCAUACACCUUCAAGCUACAUUGAAACUUUACCCAAAGCGGUCAAAAGACGCAUCGAUGCUUUGAAACAGCUUCAGGUGAAGUGUGCCCACAUUGAGGCAAAGUUCUACGAGGAAGUGCAUGAUUUGGAGCGAAAAUAUGCAGCCCUUUACCAGCCUCUCUUCGACAAGAGACGGGAUUUUGUCACCGGCGAUGUCGAACCUACAGAUGCAGAAUCAGAAUGGCCCAGUGAGAAUGAGGAGGAGGAGAAAUUGGCCGGAGACCUGAAGAGCAAAGUGGUGAUAGCUGAGAAAGAAGCUUCUGCAGAUGAGCCGAACCCCAAAGGGAUCCCGGAAUUCUGGUUUACGAUCUUUAGAAAUGUGGAUAUGCUGAGCGAGUUAGUGCAGGAAUAUGAUGAACCGAUUCUGAAACACCUGCAGGAUAUUAAAGUAAAGUUUUCAGAUCCUGGCCAGCCCAUGUCUUUCUCGUUAGAGUUCCACUUUGAGCCCAACGACUACUUCACCAACUCUGUCCUGACGAAGACUUACAAGAUGAAAUCAGAGCCAGAUACGACGGACCCUUUCUCCUUCGAAGGGCCUGAAAUCGUGGACUGUGAAGGGUGCACCAUUGAGUGGAAGAAAGGCAAGAAUGUGACAGUGAAGACAAUCAAGAAAAAGCAGAAGCACAAGGGCCGAGGCACCGUGAGGACAGUCACCAAGCAAGUCCCCAAUGACUCGUUCUUUAACUUCUUCAGCCCCAUCAAAGUAUCUGGGGAUGGAGAAUCACUGGAUGAAGAUUCAGAAUUCACAUUAGCUUCAGAUUUUGAAAUCGGGCACUUCUUCCGUGAAAGAAUAGUUCCACGGGCCGUCCUUUAUUUUACUGGGGAAGCCAUAGAGGAUGAUGAUAAUUUUGAAGAAGGCGAGGAAGGGGAAGAAGAGGAGCUGGAGGGGGAAGAAGAGGGAGAGGAAGACGAGGAGGCGGAGAAUGACCCCAAGGUGUAAUUUUUGUCUGUUUAUCAUUCAUAUCAUAGAGAGAAUGCGGCCAGCCUGCGGAGUGCAAGCAGCAGUGACGCGUGCGGACGCACGCCCCCGGGAGAGGCUGGGCCGCCUCGGACGAAGGGACGCCUCGGGAGCCCGGCCCACGGCCGGGGCCCUUCACUCACCGCGGCACAGCCUCGGUCUCACUAACAACGCUUACGGUUAACUUGUUUUCAAGUGCGUGGUUUUCACUUACACUUUUUUUCUUUUUGCCUAAUUUGUACAGUGGUAACUUUGAUGCGUUUCGCGAAUAGAAGGUUUCAGUCAAGCGCCCUCUCUGCCCGCCGGGCCGCCCGUGAGCUGGCGGGCGCCCAGGGGCCGGGGCGCAGUGGUGACUUGGUUAAGUCGGAGGAGGUAGGACCCAUGCACACACACGCAUGCACGCGCGCACUCGGCGCACUCACACACACACUCCCCUGCCCUCACCUGCUUUAACGGCCUCUUUAUCCCAAUCAUCUCAGAGCUGCCAAGUAGAGUAAAGCCACGUUGGCCGGGGGGUGGGGGGUGGGAGUGGGCCGGGGGCUCGGGCAGGACAUUUUCCUAUUUAUUUCCUUGUGUUCGUAUGUACUCUGAAGUCGGGCUCGCGCACAUUUCUGAAACCAUGUUUGUGUGACGGGAGGUCCGGCGGACCCGGUCCGGAGAAGAGGGGCUGGCAAGUCCCUCCCGGAGCGGAGCCCGAGGCCCCCGAGCUGCUGAGGCCCGGGGAGGUUCCCACGGAGCUCCCCAGCCUCUCCUCCUCGGGGCUCCGGAGGCUCGGCGGGUAGGAUUUUGGAGGCCCCUUUGUAGUGAUUCGGUCCCUGACGCCUAUCUCCAGCCACCAUCGACUAGCAGCUUUAUCAACACUGUGACCAGGCGCGUAGAGAGUGCUCCAGCCUUACCUUAAACGAUACACAUUUGUAACUUAACAAUACGCCGUGUUUUCAAUUUGUACAGAAUAGUUAGGAUAUUCUAUUAAAGUUGUGAAACAGGAA